GCCAUUAAACAAUUUUUCAAUGUUGUUGGUUGCAUAAAAAAUAAUCUUUAAUAAUUACUUAAAUACUGGGAGAACUGAGUAUUACUCAAUGAAUAACUAUUAUGUAAAUUCUUUAUCUACAACUCUGUGCGGGGUUGCUUAGUUAAAUUUAGCUUAGUAUAAGAAGUUCUAGUUUUAUCAAACUCUAAAAAUGAAAUCUCGCCUUGCUAGUUUGUUAGACCAAGCUCUUCUUCUGUCCGAAGUGAAUCAGAGAAAAGUUGGAUGUUUAGUAGGUGCUGGUGUCGCAGAUGCUGCUGCCCGACCUCUACAUUGGGUUUACGACCUUGGAGAACUCGAGGCCGCUAUAUCAAGCUCCCCAGAAACUCCCGAGUUCUGGCCUCAAAGUGUAUCCCCAUUCUACACCCUCCCCACAGGGGAGACCAGCUGUUAUUUCGACGAGGCCUUCGCGGUCAUGACAAGUUUAAAUAAUACUCGAAAGUUUGAUUUUAAAAAUAUCUGCGACGAGUUUGAGAAACAGCUUGGACCUAACUCACCCUAUGAUAUGCAAAGACGAGAGGAGUACAUGGAGUUAAGACGGUAUGGGAAAGUUCAAGGUCCUAUUGUAGGAAAAUGGCUUCACGGCUCUAUGAUCAAAUUUUUUGAGAAUCGUAAGAGUUUGAAGGGGAACAAGGAUAUGUACGGAGAUCCCCACGUCAAGGAAACUGAUGGGUUUUGCUGUGCUCUACCCGUGGUUGUCAAGUUUGCCGGCGAGUCGGGUUUGAUGGAUAAAGUUCUUAAAAUCGCCACUACUCAGUCGACCUGGCCAGUUGCCUUCAAACACGCUCUUGUCGCCUCUAAAAUAGUUGAAGGAUUUGUUUUAGGAUCCCCAGAUCCAAUACAAGGAGUACGAGAGGCGAUUAAAGGAGAUUUUCCUGAAAUCUACAAAGAGCUGAACACCGUGGAUAGUUUACUUUCUACCCCCCACACUGAAGCUGUGGGUUAUGUUUUUGGAAGACCGUGCUACAACCCAGGAUCCUUUCUCGGAGCCAUCCAUGCUGUCAGAACCUCGGAUACAUUCGAGGACGCUGUAAGGAAGACAAUAAAGGCCGGAGGCUGCAACUGUUCCAGGGCGUUCUUUAUCGGAGCUAUGCUCGGUGCUCGGGACGGAUUGGCGGGUAUACCCAGAGACUGGUUGGAGAAAACUACAAAUGCUGAACAGAUGAUUGAGACUGCCAUUCAGAUGGUUAAAGAUUAAAAAAGUUUCGUCAGUUUUAUUCAUGAGAUACAAAAUCACGGCUAGAAAUUAUGGAUCUUUUUCCUUCUAAAGGGACGGUUUGCGUAAUUCGUAAAUUAAGUGAUAACACAAAGGUUCCCUUUAUCUGAGAAAUAGUUUCCAAGAUAUUGUCGUUUUUCCAUAUUAAAAAGUAUUAUUCUGAUGAUAUGCUUCAUCGUCUGUGCAGCAAAAAUCCGCAAAUUAUUUUUGCAGAGAAUUAAAAUGGAAAAUUUUCAAUUUUCAGCUGUAAAAUAAAGGUUCUCAUCCAAACAUGAUCAGACAGACUGAAAAUGGUACCCUUGUGAAUCGGUCAUAUUAAUGUAUCCAAUCUGUCAAGUAUGUAAAAUUUACACUCACUUUAUUAUGUACUUUACUUUAUGGAUGGUGUUUUUGAUUUAGUUAUUCAUUGAGUACAUAUUCUUUUAUACCAGUGCUUAAAUAAUUAUUUUCAUGAUUAAAUAUUGUUUUAUUCUUGUCAUAGUAAUUUUCUCUCUAUUAAGUAUUAUUUAACUAAAGUUACAGA